ACGCGACUACGCGAGUACGCGACGCGGCGGUCGGCGGCGACCGACAAGGAGAGAGAGAGGCGGGGGUGUGCCCAUGGAGGAGCUCUCCAAGAAGGCUCCGGCACCAAGCUUGCUUUCGCUGUGCCUGGACGCGGUCGCUGCUCGUCUCAUCAGCGACAACGCCCGCGCAGGCGGAGGCGUGGGCCGAACUGGUUGGCCAGGAGGGUGCGGCGGCGGCGAUGGUCUCGGCGGGUUCUCGGAAGAUGACGGAGGGGAGGCAGACGAGGACCGCCUGCACCCGGAGGAGGUGGCGGAGGGGCUUCCCUGGGAGCUUCUCCAUCGGCUGGCGUCCCGGCUCCCGCCUGUUGCACUCGAGUCCCUCCAUCACGCUGCCCAUGCCCGGUGCUGUUCUUCUGCUAAAACUACUUCUGGACUUGGAUUGCAAGAUGGAGACAGACGUGGCAUGAAACGUUCAAGGUGUGAAGACUUCAGCACCACUUGGCAAUUGUUGUUCAAACUUCGCUGGCCCCUUGAUAACGCUGGGCAUAAUAACUUGGGCACUGUGGACUGGCAGCAAAAGUAUUGGGAAAAGCAUUUACAAGAGUGCUUGGAUGAAGCUGCAGAGAGUGCCUUUCUUCCUUCUUUUUGUGGGAAUAUUGGUGAGCUGAGUAUAUCAGCUAAAAUCAUGAAUUCCAUCUACCAGAGCAUCGACACAUCUCAACAUCAUUCAAGACUAGAAUAUCAAUGCAGCAAAUUUGGUUGCUAUGUGAGGUGCUUGAGACUGCAAGGUGUUCUUUGCAAUGCAGAAACUUCUGACUUGUUGCAACAAUGCAAGCUGGAAAGAUUAAUGUUCAUAAGAAUUAUAUCAGAUCCAGAGGUUAAUGGUGCAUGUUUGCUUCUGAGCUGGCAUGCAGAGACACUGCUUUCUCUUGAAUUCAUCCAUUGUCAGCUUUAUCCUACCAUCAUGGAUAAAAUUUGCAGGAGUUUGUGCCAGGAGGGAUCUAGCCAUGGAAUCCAACGAUUUAGCAUUAAAUCGUCACAAAUCUGUGAAACCAAGCCUCUGACCAUCUCUUCUGGUCUGUUAAAUUUUUUGUCAUCUGGCAAGUCGUUGCAUCUGCUGUCACUUAAUGAUACUAAGAUGCAGUCAUCAUUAGCUCAGAUGAUUAUUCACACUCUUCUUGAGUCGUCAUGUGAUUUACACACGCUUGAGAUAUCAGAAAACAAUAUUGCUGGCUGGCUUUCAAAACUGAACAAAAGUUCUACAAACUCAUUAGCGCUGAGAUCAGAUAUUUUUAUGAACUCCCUGUCCAUUCUUAACCUGAGGGAAAAUAAUUUGCAAAAGGAUGAUGUUGUAGAUCUUCACAAAAUUCUAAUAAAAAUGCCUAAUUUAAGAGAUUUAGAUAUAAGUGGCAAUCCAAUCAUGGAUGAAGGUAUCAGAUCAAUGAUCCCUUUCAUUUCAUGGUCUAUUCAAAAGGAAAAUCCACUUUUGAGAUUAACAGUCGAGAACUGUGAGUUGUCCAGUAUUGGUGUGAUUAUGCUUCUGGAGUGCCUCACAACUGUGAAGCAACCCCUUGAUGUGCUAUCUAUUGCAGACAAUCAUUUAGGGAGUUCUGUGGCAGCUGCAUUGGCCAAAUUCUUGGGUUCACAUGUAAGGGCUUUAAAUGCUACGGAUAUUGGCUUGGGAACAUUAGGCUUCCAAAUACUUGAGGAAGCAUUGCCAACGGAAGUGGCUCUUUCCCACAUCAACAUCAGUAAGAAUCGUGGUGGGAUCAGGGCAGCAUAUUUUGUUUCCAGAUUAAUAGGGCGAGCACCAAAUCUUGUCUCAGUCAAUGCAGCAGCGAACCUUUUACCACCUGAAUCAUUGGAAGUCAUCUGUAACUCCUUGAAGCAAGGGACUUGUUAUUUGGAGCGAGUUGACCUGACUGGCAACAUGCAUUUAUCAAGCAAUAUUUUUCCUGCAUUCCUUGAAUUCAAGAAGCAUGGAAAGCCAAUUCUAGUAGUCCCACCAAACUUGAGCACUUGUGCUCCAUAUGAUGAUGACCCAUGACUAUUAUGUACCAUAGUGCUGCUCAAGUCACAUCAGAUGGAACUAUGAGUGAUGUAUUUGUUGUGUCAUCUGAAGGAAUUGUCUGUCUGCUGGUUGGGUCCGUUUAGUCUGGGGUUGGUACUACAUACUCAAUGUGAGCAAUGAUAAGGUGGUUACCAACAACAAGGUUGGGUGGAAGAAUUGGGCGUAGACCAAGCACAUUUGGGUGCCCGAAGAGGUGACCAAGAACAUGCCCAAAGAGGUGACCAAGAACAUGGAUCAGACUCAAAAUGUUGUGGUCCACAACACAUUUGUAUGACGUUUUAGGGAAUUUGGAAACUUAGCAUACUACUAGGGAUUUAUGAAUGGGUGUGUAUCAUAUUGUUUCAAGUAAAUGCCAAGUGGAUAGAUUUGUAUCUUUUACCCAAGUUCCUCUUUCCCAUGCCAAGGUAAUGUGAGUGUCAUAUCAUGCA